GCGAGUCUCCCCCCUUUGGGUUUUUUUUAAAACAAGUCAGUUCAUAGAACCGCGCUGUUCAAAAUGUCUGUGCCUAAAAACAACGUGAGAAAGGCCUCAACUGUUCAGAAAGUAACGUUACCUGGUGCGAAGGCAACCAAAGCUGCAAGUAAGAAAAAGGAUGAGGAUGGAUGGGAUGACUGGUCCCACGGGAAACCCCUUCAAAAGCCUCCAGAACAACUGGAGCUAACUGAGGCUGAGCUGAAGGAGGAAAUCACAAGGACAUUGACUGCGAACAACCCACAUGCUCCCCAAAAUAUUGUCCGCUACAGCUUCAAGGAACGUUCGUACAAGCCUGCCCUUGUUGUGGAUCAGAUGGCUGUUCACUUUGUGAUGGAGGGCAACCUCGUUUAUCAAGACUCGAAUGAAGCUCGAAAACUUGAGGGCCUCCCUGAGGAGACUGUGAAAGCCAGCACUGAGGCACAUCCUGAUGAGGAGAAACCAGAUACCCCGGUUACACCUGUAGAAGAUGGAGCGGAAGCAGAGAAAGCCGGAGAAGAGUACAGGCCGGACAGUGCUGCCUCCAAAGCUGACAAGAAGGAGCCAAAAGUUACAAAAAACCAGUUCAACUUCAGUGAAAGGGCUUCCCAGACCCUCAAUAACCCACUGAGGGAAAGAAGCUGCCAAACUGAACCUCCUCAACGCUGCACCUUCUCUGCCAACGCUAAUCAGUGGGAGAUCUAUGAUGCAUAUGUGGAGGAGCUGCAGAAACAAGAAAAAAAUAAAGAGAAGCAGAAAACCAUCCAGUUAAAGAAAGAUGUUGACAAAAAGAAGAAGAAGAUGAUGCUGAUGGAAACUCAGAAUGAUGACAUCAACAAAGUGGGCAAGGUAGCCAAGAUCAUUGAACGAAUGCUCCACCAGAAUACAUUUGAUGACAUAGCACAAGAUUUCAAAUACUUUGAAGAUGCAUCUGAUGAGUUUAGGGGCCAACAGGGGACUAUUCUCCCUCUGUGGAAAUUCCACUAUGACAAAACCAAAAAACUGUCUGUCACCGCCCUCUGCUGGAAUAAAAAAUAUCCAGAUCUUUUUUCCGUGGGACUUGGAUCAUACAACUUCACCAAGCAGGGGCGUGGCAUGCUUGUCUUCUAUUCAUUGAAGAACUCUGCCUUCCCAGAGUACAUCUACCCCACCAGUUCCAGCGUCCUGUGUCUAGACAUCCAUGAGCAGCGUUCUUACCUGGUGGCCGUUGGCUUCUAUGACGGCUGUGUGGCUGUCUAUAACCUGAAGAGGGAGGGCCAAGAGCCAGUGUAUAAGAGCACAGCUAAAACUGGCAAGCACACAGACCCUGUCUGGCAGGUGUGCUGGCACAAUGAUGACAUGGACAAUAACCACAAUUUCUAUUCUGUGUCAUCUGAUGGCAGAGUUGUGUCCUGGACACUCAUCAAGAACGAGCUGGUUUUUACCGACGUUAUCAGACUGUCACUGAAUGCUGAGGACAAGCCAAGCACACAGCAGGCAAGCACAGCCUUCUCUUCUCUUCUAGCCUGUGGAACAUCUAUGGAUUUUCAUAAACAGAUUGACUAUCUCUUCCUCGUUGGCACAGAAGAGGGGAAAAUACACAAGUGCUCCAAGACUUACUCAAGACAGUACCUGGAGACCUACGCUGCCCACAGCAUGCCAGUGGACACGGUCAAAUGGAACCACUUCCACCCAAACGUUUUCAUCUCCUGCAGUUCAGACUGGACAGUCAAGAUCUGGGAUCACACCAUCAACACUCCAAUGUUCACCUUUGACCUGAAAGCAGCUGUUGGUGAUGUCGCCUGGGCUCCAUACUCCUCCACUGUAUUUGCUGCUGUCACCACAGAUGGAACAGUCCAUGUUUUUGACCUCAACAUCAACAAGUAUGAGCCCCUCUGCCAGCAGGCGGUGGUGGCCAAACAUAGGCUGACUCACAUUGAGUUUAAUCCCAUCCAUCCUAUCAUCAUCGUGGGCGAUGACCGAGGCUAUGUCACCAGCUACAAACUCUCCCCUAACCUCCGCAAGAAACAGAUGAUGAAGAAGGGCCAGGAGCAGCCUAAAGGUCCAGAAGUGGAAGUGGUCAAGAUGGAGAAGCUCCUCAGUCUGCUGAGGGAACCAGAGCAAAACACGGUUUAAAUCUGCGAGCUGGAGUUUUUGCUGUUUCGAUUUCAAAGGAAUAUAGUCACCAAACUGAAAAUGAGAUUUUUUAUCAGUAUUGGCCCCUGCUCAAAUUCUUCUUUUGUUGUUCUGUUGAGAUGUUCUACUUUGUCACAAUAAAAUGCAACCAUAACACAAA